GGUUUUUCCCCCUUUUGUAGCCUUUUCAGCUACUGGUUGCUGCUUGUGCUUUUGCCCAACAUUUCUCCAUUUCGUGGGGAUGUCUGUCCGGCACGCUAUUUGCUAAAGAAUUGGUGCCCGAUCUCUUAUUUCCUGAGCGUGACGCCUCGGGCGUUCACUAGGCCGCCAAUAUGGGUGUCCGCAGCUACAAUGAGGAGCUCGGAUACCUCGAAAAAAUGACACCCGUCUCAUGGCGUAUCAAGAAAGGCUUCGUGCCGAAUAUGAAGGUUGAAGGGAUUUUCUACGUGAAUAACCUCUUGGAGAAGCUGAUGUUCGAAGAGCUGCGGAAUUCGUGCCGUCCAGGAAAUGUUGGUGGUUUCCUGCCUGGUGUUAAACAAAUUGGAAAUGUGGCCGCCUUGCCUGGAAUCGUUGGACACUCAAUAGGGCUCCCUGACAUCCAUUCUGGUUAUGGCUUUGCAAUUGGCAACAUGGCGGCAUUUGACAUGGAUGAUCCAAAGGCCAUUGUGUCACCUGGUGGCGUGGGCUUUGACAUCAAUUGCGGUGUCCGUCUGUUGCGAACCAACUUGAUGGAGAAGGAUGUUCAGCCCAUCAAGGAACAGUUGGCACAGAGUAUGUUCGACCACAUUCCUGUUGGUGUCGGCUCUAAGGGAAUCAUUCCCAUGAAUGCAAGAGACCUCGAAGAAGCCUUGGAGAUGGGCAUGGAUUGGUCCUUAAGAGAAGGCUAUGCCUGGGCUGAGGAUAAAGAACACUGUGAGGAGUAUGGACGAAUGCUGAAUGCUGACCCUGCCAAGGUUUCUAUGAAAGCAAAGAAACGGGGCCUGCCUCAGCUGGGUACCUUGGGUGCUGGCAAUCACUAUGCCGAGAUUCAAGUGGUGGACGAGAUUUACGACAAGAACAAUGCAGCUAAGAUGGGAAUUGAACGUUGCGGUCAAGUAUGCGUCAUGAUCCACAGUGGCAGUCGAGGCUUUGGACACCAAGUGGCUACUGACGCAUUGGUGGCCAUGGAGAAAGCCAUGAAGCGGGACAAGAUUGAUGUUAACGAUCGGCAGCUGGCCUGCGCCCUUAUCCGCUCCACUGAGGGACAGGACUACCUGAAGUCGAUGGCAGCCGCAGCAAACUUUGCCUGGGUCAAUCGCAGCAGCAUGACUUUCCUGAGCCGUCAGGCAUUUGCCAAAGCAUACAACACGACCCCGGACGACCUGGACAUGCACGUGAUCUACGACGUGUCGCACAACAUUGCCAAGGUGGAGCAGCAUGUGGUGGAUGGCAAAAUGCGCACACUGCUCGUGCACCGCAAAGGCUCCACACGAGCCUUUCCACCUCAUCAUCCUCUCAUCCCUGUGGACUACCAGCUGAGUGGCCAACCGGUGCUGAUUGGUGGCACAAUGGGCACCUGCAGCUACGUCUUGACGGGCACCGAGCAAGGCAUGGCUGAGACAUUCGGCACCACCUGUCACGGUGCUGGCCGCGCACUUUCUCGGGCCAAGUCGCGGCGAAACCUCGACUACCAGGACGUACUGGACAAGCUGAACGAGAUGGGCAUCUCGAUUCGCGUGGCAUCACCAAAGCUGGUCAUGGAGGAGGCUCCAGAGUCGUACAAGAACGUGACGGACGUCGUAAACACGUGCCAUGAGGCUGGCAUCAGCCGCAAGUGCAUCAAGCUCAGGCCCAUUGCCGUCAUCAAGGGCUGAUUGAGAUUUUUGUCUUCGGUGAUCGGAAGGUGUGAACGAGGCCACAUUUCCAAACUUUGGUGUUCAGGACUGACACAAGAGCGUGGUUUUCGCUAUGGGUUUUGUAACAAGAACAAGUGUGUGUGUGCAUGUAUGUAAUAUCUGUGUGCACAUCUGUGCCUCAUUAGUUUACCGAGUAGAGGCCGAACAUAUGUGCUGCGGUGAUGUGUGAUGCAUUGAGUGCCUUUGAAAUCUGGUGUUAUCGUUUCAUUUUCUUUUUCUCUAUUCUUUUUCCUUCCUAUUCAAGCUACUGUGGACAGCUAUUUUACAACUGGUACCCAGCUUCAAAUCAAAUACAGCUAAUAUAGAAUAAAUUAAUAGGUACAUGCUUCUCUUCCUUCAACUGUCAUCACUUCAUGUUAAAGAAUAAGUGGACCCCUAACAACGGAGGUUUUCAAGGCAAGGAAUCUGAAAAAAUUAUAGUGCAUUUUUCUCUGCACACUCUUCACCAGUUGCCUUGGAAGUGCAUGCAUGAAUAAAUUUGAACCUUUCUGCGAUAUUAAGCAGUUGGCUGUUCAAGUUUAAAACUACAAUGUUAGUACUGUAGCGUAGCACCCUGAUGUCCCCUUCUCCUCUAGGGCUCAUUCACAGUGACAGUUUACCGAGGUCACGUCACCAGUUGUGACGUGAUGAGUGACUCGUUUGGAUUUCACACCGGCUAGCACUGCCUGCUUGGUUCCACUAUGAAAUGCCUCGCAUUGGUGCCAUUCAAAUCUGCUCACACCACAAUGCCUCACACGAACUUGGCAAUCGAGAAAUCGAGCAGUGAGUGACAGAUCCAAAGGUCACUCUUUAACCAAAGUGACCAUUUGCGAUUUGCCACUGUGAAUGAACCGUUUUAGCCUUUCUUCUACUUGGAAUUGAAACAUAACACAGCAAAUGCCUUGUCAUUCAAAUUAUAUGUUCACCAUGAUGGUAAUUCAUUGGCAAAUUUUAAAGCAUGCAAAUUGGUUGCUGACAAAACAACACGUAACAUAGACACUGUGUGCAUGUGUGUAUAAUGUGCUUUUUCGUCUGUGUCCGGUUUGCACUUUGUUUAACGUGCAUCUGCAUGAGCUUGCCGGUGUUGCACAUAACCUGAAAAGAAUAAUUUUGCCCAGUGUUAAAGGGGGCAGCAGUGCCUGCUCGCUUAGUGUUUCUGUUAAUGUGCAUGUCUUCCACUGUGUAUGUUUAUGUUUGCCUGUCUUAUCUUCUUGGAGAAGCGAGUUGGUACAACCAUUAUGUAUUUAUUUGAUGUGUGUGCUUGUUAGUACUGAACAAGUAUGUGAAUGACACCCAAGCAGCUGGCUGCUGUUUGCUACUGCUGUGAGCAAGUAAAGUGAUUCUCAAGC